AAACACACUCUUCUAUAGUUUCUGCAAGAAAAGAAAAGCAGUGGCUAUGGCUAUAUACAAUAUUCUUCUGUUCUUCCUUUUGUUCUGUCAAUUAGGCCUUAAAAUCACAUCAUCUGAUGAACAGGAAACACCAAAACACACUCUACAAGAAGCCUACAAUGUUCUUGGAAUCAAACCAAAUCCUGAUGGCUCAUUAACAAGAGAGAUUAGAAUCCCAAUGGUAAAUGCAACUCCAGAUAUUGAACCUACUUCAACUACUCAAAUUGCACUCUCCAAAGACAUACCAUUAAACCCUUCUACCAAAACCUUCAUACGUCUCUAUAAACCCUUAAAACCCACAAAAAAUAGCAAGAUUCCACUCAUAAUCUACUUGCAUGGGGGUGACUUUGUACUUUUCAGUGCAAAAACUGUCAUUUUUCAUGAAUUUUGUAAUCAGAUCUCAGCGCAGUUUCCGGCAGUGGUGGCGUCGGUCGAGUACAGGCUUGCCCCCGAGCACCGCCUCCCAGCAGCCUACGAUGAUGCCAUGGAUGCUAUCAUGUGGGCUAGAAAACAGGCUGUGUUUGUUAAUGGCGGCGAUGCAUGGAUAAAAUUGGUUGACUUUUCUCGUGUUUUCUUAUUGGGCAGUAGUGCAGGAGGAAAUAUAGUAUACCAUGCUGCCCUACGUGCACUUAAUCUUAAUCUUUCACCAAUCAAGAUCAAAGGGCUGAUAAUGAAUCAGCCUUAUUUUGGUGGGGCCAUUCAGGGGAAAUGGGUGGUGUUAGUAGCUGUAAAUAAAGGAAUUUUACCAGUAUUCAGGGAGGGGGAUUUCAGUAUUGAAUACUACUGUCUUAAAGACUAA